AUGUCAAUCGCAAGCCCUUUGGGGUCUACAUUUGGUGCUCGGUUGAGCGACUCGCUUACAAGCCCUGAGGAUUUCCGCAAAUGCAGAAGGCGGUUAAACAAAAGCUUGUGUAAGUUGCGCCACAACUUAAAGAUUGUCUCACACAAGACGGAGUCUUACAAUCCUCCAAAGGUGGGAGCAGAGCAAUAUAACGCCGACCAAAGGUAUGGGGAUCUCCUUCUUUUGCUCGCAGAAAGAUACAGCUUGCAUGCCUUGGAGGCCAAGAGCUUUCUUGAAAUUGGCGUUGACGGUACAAAAUACUACAAGCAAUUGAUGAGAAACAAGUUACAAAGAGCAGCAACCACGACAGAACAGUUGAUUGAGAUGACUAAAGAUGAACAAUCCACGAUAAAGAAGGUUGAGAUUUUUGUCUAUGCUGCCCUUACCGAAGGAGCCAAUGCUAUCUUCAGAAAACAAUGGGACAAAGCUCUUAGUGCAUACUCGCUGGCCAGAUGUGGCUUGGAACUUUUGUUGGACAUACUCACGGGAGAUGAAUCUCUGUUCAACAAAACAUUGUUGGAGGAAUUGAUCGACACUUCUGUCGAUCCUUCCUUGAGGUUAGCGCUUUCCCAAGGAACUGAAGAUACCACCGCAGAUUUGCGUACAGUUUCCAGAAAGUUUUGUCUCAAUAACUCUUUGCCUCAUUUGGCCCCUCUCAAUGACCUUAUAGUUUCAGUGAAAGAAACUUUCUUCCUGGUGCCAAAGGCUGAAGAGCUUUUCAAAACAGUGAACUGGCGUAACCAUGUUGCACAGAUUGACAACGAUGCAUUGGCUUUCCAGAUCUCGAAAUUGAUCAAGAUUGAUUGGAAAAGUUUUUCUGACUCAAAUGAUUACGAUAACAUGUAUUCGCUGUGGCAGGCGUUGGUUGAACUUCACCAAUCAGACUUGUCGAAGAACAAUGAUGAGGAUGACCCAGAAAAAGUUCAAAAUGGCGCUGUUCUUUUGACGUAUCUCAAAUAUAACAUGCUCUUUACAAAGUUGAAAAGAGAUUUGCUUCUCAUAGACCAAUUGAACCAGUCAUCGUCAACCGUUUCGCAAACUCUUCGAGCCAACAAGGAUAUCUUAAGGUUGUACGGCUCAGUGAUUUCUACAGUGGACGAACUCAAGGACUUACCUGGUGUUUACAAUGAUGAAGAGCUUUCUGAAUCGUUGGAGAACAUGGGCAACUUCUUCAAAGCUAAGCAAUCGGUAACUGUUGCAAACUCAUAUGCUCUUGCAGACAAAUUUGCGGAGGCUUUGAGUGUGUUCAUGCACCUUGAACGUGUGUACUCUGUUGAUGAACAUUUCUACAAGGUAGAUGCUUUCCCCUUCGAUGUGGCUAGCCUUGAAGAAGCCAAGGAACUAGAACAUUCUAUUGCUCGCUUGUUGAAGAAAUCGCAUGUUUUAGCUCAGUUCCAGGCUGAGACUCAGGGUCCAUCCGAGGCGCUUGUGGCUGAUGAUGUUUUCAAAUUCCCAACUUCAAGUAGAUGCUUGCAGAAUAUUGUGAAAGUGGCACAAAAAGGUAAGAUUGCUCCUGUUUUAAGCAAAGCUGUCUUGUUUGACGUUGCCUAUAAUUACAUCAGUUACACGCACGAUUCUAGUAAGCCUGUUGAUACUGAAAACAGAGAGGAAUCACAAGACAAGAAGAAGAGUGGGUUCUUUGGAAUUUUUGGUCGUUAG